AUGUUCUCCACUUGCAUCUCCACUCGCAGAUUCGUCGGACACACCGAAUACAUCCUCUCUGUCGCCUUCUCUCUCGAUAACCGUCAGAUCGUUUCGACCUCUCCUGACCGUACGAUCAAGCUUUGGAACACUUUAGGUGAGUGUAAGUACACUAUUGCCGACGGAAGCGGUGAAGGGCAUCGUGAUUGGGUUAGUUGCAUUAGGUUUAGUCCCAACACGAUUACGCCGACGAUUGUGUCGGCGUUGUGGGAUAAGACGGUGAAAGUUUGGAAUUUGGCGAAUUGUAAGCUUAGGUACACUCUUGCGGGUCACGGUCGGUAUGUUAGCACUGUUGCUGUUUCGCCUGAUGGCAGGCUAAAGCCUUUUCGGAGCCACCCGAUGGUUCCGACAAAGGGGAGGAAGUUGGGGGUCAGGAGGUAG